AUGGACUGGGCAAAAAGUUCUCACCAGAAUUCUGCCAUGUUGCUUCUUGACUUCAAGAAGGCCUAUGACAGAGUCGAAUGGAAAUUUAUCUUGAUGAUGUUGGAAGCCUUUGGCUUUCCUCCCUAUUUUUGUCUUGCCGUGCAAACUCUUCUUAAGGACGCCUCGGCUCAGAUUGAAAUUAAUGGAGUUCUUUCCCCUUCUUUUUCGCUUAGUAGAUCUAUCAGGCAGGGUUGCCCCCUUGCCCCUGCCCUUUUUGUCAUCGCCUCUGAAGCCCUGUUUUAUAUUCUCAGAGAUUCUUCCUUGUCUCCUGAGGUCAGAGGUCUAUAUCUCCCUAAUAAUGAUGAGCUUAUUAACUGUCAGUUUGCUAAUGACACUGCUCUGUUUUUUGAACUUUCUGAAGUUAACUUUAGAGUCCUUCAAGGGAAGCUUGACCUAUUCUAUUCUGCCUCUGGUGCUCGCAUUUCCCAUACUAAGUCGAUUUGUCUUGGAUGGGACGAACACCCCCCUGAGUGGUUUUCCAAUUCAGGUUUUUUGUGGGGAGGCCCCAACAAAACCGUUAAGUACCUCGGUAUCCCCUUCUCUGUGGAUCCUGUUCUUAAGAAUAUGUGGCUUUGGAUUAAAGAAAAAAUCCUUAAUAAACUUAACAAAUGGCACAAUAGAACCUUGUCUUUAGCUGGGAGAAUUCAAUCGGAUGGAAAAGGAAACAAGAAACAUCAUGUUGUUAAAUGGGCCUGGUGCCAUGCUGACAAGAUCCUUGGGGGGCUUGGGCUUAAAGAUCUAAAAUUCCAGGGUAUUGCCCUUUCCGCCAAAUGGAUCUUUCAUUCCUUGGAGGGUAACAGCCCUUGGAAAGUGCUUGUCAGGCAUAACAUUGAGAGAGGUUUUCCCAAGAAAGCUAAGUCUUGGAAAAACCUCCCCUUCGGUGAUCUCCUCCUGGGUAACUUCCCUGUCUCUGUUCAAGGUUCUUUGGUGUUCAAGUCAAUAUGGAAGGCUUGGGAACACGUCAUGGAGCACAUUACCAACAAGGACUGGUACCACCAUGAUCAACUCCACGGAGAAAGAUCUAUUUGGUGGAAUCUUGCCAUCAGCGGGAAGCCUCUUGCCCUAUCCCAAGGAUGCUCUGCCAGAUCCUGGGCUAAAAAAGGUAUAAACCAAUUUGUGGAUCUGUUUGAAUCUGACUGCCUCCCGUCUUGGGAUGCUAUUAAGUCCAAGUAUGAUAUUCCUGAUUCGCAGAAAAAAACUUAUAAUAUGGUUCUUCAAGCCUCCAGAAAUAUCCCGUCUGCUUGCAAUGUGGAUUCUCUUAGACACCUUAAUUGCAAGUGGCCAGGGGGUGUUGCUUUGGCUAGCCUUAAAGCCAAAAAUAUUCACUUUGUUAUUAACCAGAAUAAUGACAUUAUUAAUCAUGUGAACUCUGUUUGGCAUUCCUCAUUUGAUAUUAAGAUUUGGAAUAAAUUGUUUCAAUGCUUAUGGAGAAGUCAUGUUGAGCCAAAAAUCAAUUGCUUUAAGUGGCUUGUUUUACUUGAUAAGCUUCCUCUCAAAAGGUUCAAUUCUGAUUCUGAUUCCUGUAAUGAUCUUUGUAAUCUUUGUAGACUCCCGGAAACUGGGAGACAUAUUCUUUUUUAUUGUCUUCUUGCUAAAGAAAUAUGGAGCAUGUUUGGUAUUAUCUAUCCUAUUAAUGUGAGCAUUCUUGACAUAAUUACUGGUUAUAUCCCUGGUCUUCCCAAGGAUUCGAAUUUAUUUUGGAAUAUGUUGUCCUCUAACAUUCUUUGGCAGAUUUGGAAAUGCAGGAACGAAGAGAAGUACCAAGGUAAGCCAAGGGCUCUUACUGAGUUUUUCAGAAAACUCACACAUUUCAAAAUCUUUUUGCAGGUCCAUGUCACCAUGAUGGUUGAGAAUAAGAAGCUAAAAAGAUUCCUCCAAUGCGGUCAUGCGUCUUUCUACUUCCAUGAGCUGAAAAAUGGCUACCUUUGGCGGAGAACGCUGGAUGAUCUUCAUGCUUUUGAUGCUGCCUGUGAGAAGCUUAAGAAAGAUAUCAGGAAGAACGCGAAUCCCAGGAUGGAUGAGCUCUCCUUGCUCGCUCAAGUGCAAGCGCAUCAGAACUUAGUUUGGAUGGAAGGCCCCCUUGGCUGGAUUGCAUGGGUGGAUGGUUCAUGUGACAUUCUGUAUUAG